AUGCACAGAAAGAUGUGGGGAAAUACCUUGAACCGUUUCAAGAAUCAAGUUGCUUCAUGUAACGGCUGUAAGACAUUUUUCCGUCGAUGCGUUCUCGCCGGUGCCAGUUUUCGGUGUAUCCGCUCCGAUUCAAAUUGUCUGACAAACAUGAAACUGGUGCCCGGAGCUCGAAUUAAGUGUCGAAGUUGCCGAUUGGAUCGUUGUCUUCAACAAGGAAUGCGCAAAGAAGCUGUCACCUCGGGAUUUCUAGCUGGCGAUGGGAAAACAGCAACAGAUGCAUACUUGGCUUCUAUUUCUCAGCCGAGUACCUCUACCGCGAUUCCAAAAGUUACCGAAACGGCUUCCUGCUUGCGACAAGCACUUCGACUCAUCAGCAGAUUCAGAAAGUGUGACAUUCGUCUCAAGGAAAUUGACAUUCACAUCAGCCGCCUCCUUAACAUGGACAGCUUUCUCGAUAAUCUCUCCAGCUACAAGGAAGUAUCGGGAACACAACGCGACCUACCCGAGUGGCUUACGAUAGAUUUAGUCAGCUCAAUCGAGUUUGCCAAACGAUUGCCGGAUAUCACAAAAUUCAAGGAUUCCGACAAGGAAGAGCUUAUUCGUAGUUCUUGCUUCACCAUAGCGAUUGCUAUCCAGGCGAUCGAAAGUUAUUUUGAAAAACACAGAACAGUUGUGAUGCCAGACGGUACUGAUGUCAUCCAGGCGAUUAAAAACGCAGGGACCUUCAUCAAUUCUGACUACACCCAAAUGUUUGUCACUAUACUCGAUCCACUCCAUCGAGAACAGUUCACAAUUGACGAGCUCGUGCUGACGUUGCAACUUUUAUUCUACACUAUCGCUUCACCUGAUAAUCUAAGUGUCGACGGGAAGAUUCAACUCGAGAAAUCUGUGAAAGCUAGCAUGCAAUGUCUCAUGGUUCUUCUUAUUACUCAAGACAAAUCAAAAUUCUCCGCUCGCUAUGGAGCCUUGACAGCGCUCAAUGAGACCUUUAUCACUGUCACGCAUAUACACAAACUCAAAAUGAAAGAAGCCGAGCCAUUCCGUCAAAAACUUCGUGAUCUCCUCAUUGAGCAAUGUGUAUUCGACUACCGACCAAACCACUGA